CCCGCUGUAAUGCCAUCCUUCAAAGGAAGUCGGGCUCGGAAGCCAAGGUUGUCUGUGAUUAGCAAAGGACCCCUGGAGGUCCCAUCUCCCACAGAGGCAGACUGGCCUAAGGACGAUGAAAAGGGUUUUGCCUUCCGGGACCUGGGUCAAGACGUGGACGACCUGCCUCGGCCUUACCGAAUGAUCAACAAGCUGGUGAACCAUCUGUUUGACUGCGCCUGGGAAGUCAUUGAAGAGAGAGAGGCUUUACGGGAGAUUGAGAAAAACCGGAUUGUGCCCACCGUCUACCCUCCAGUUGCAGAAAUCCAGCUCAACAAAAUGCCUGGUGGUAUGGCUGUCUCCCAGGAGUAUCUGUUUAUUGGAGGAGUCAAAGGAUUCUCAAUCUAUAAUCUGCACAGUUCCAAAAGAAUGUAUGUCUGGGAGAAGUUUAAGGUUGAUGUUUCUUCCAUCUGGGCCACAGAUUUGGGGAAUGAAGUCCUUAUUAUUCCCGUGGAUGAACUAGGUAUUGUUCGAUUGUUUUACUUGUAUAAAGACAGUCUUUUUCUCAUCAAAGCCAUCAAUGAAACGGACGACACCAGCAAGCAAAGCACCUGUGUGAAGAUGGAACUCUCUCAGAGCGGGGACUACGCAGCGUUCCUCUUCCAAGGAGCUGGGGAUGUUUGGCUGGAAGUGUACAAACUGCCCAAGGAGACUUGGCUUAAGGAAGUGGAGCACCCACCGUCUGCUGUAAAUCCAAAGAAAAAAACCAAGCAGCUGCAGCUGAGCACUCCUGACCCUGUUGUUCCAGAAGCUGUAGAACCGAGUUUGGGACCAACUCAAAGCCCUAAUGCAAUCCAGGACUUAAACAUUUGUUUUAAAAGUGACCUUAAGUUGAGUCCUCCAGUUUUCGUAAUGAAGAUUAAACCCCCUAAGCCCAUAGCAGGCACCACAUUUAAAAGCCCCUUGGAGAUUAUUUCGAAGACAGAGGACUACUGUGGGCUAGGCUCUGGGCAGAAUCACUUCAUCAAGGAUGUGCAGUGGCAACAACACAGGGAGAUCUUCUAUGCCUCCCACAAGAAGUACCUGGAAGGGGAGUGGGAGGAGGAGCCACUCAGUAAGGCCACAUUCCACUUCUUCACUAACGCCAUAGCCCCAGCGCCAAUGGAGAUCAAGAGCUCUCCAGGGGCAGCCUCUAUCCUCGGCAUACACUGGACUGGAAGUCAUAAUUUCUUUCUCUAUUCACUGAACAAAAUUCUGAAGGAUAAAACUGACUGUGACAACGUGUGGCCCUGCGCUGCGCCCAUUACAGUCUCUCAGACCAGCAGCUCCUCCUCCUACCUGGCCCUUGCCUGUGAGGAUGGUGUGCUCAUUCUGUGGGACCUGGCCCAAGGAUUCCUCUUUGGGGUCAUUGCUCUGCCUGAGGGGUGUUUCUGCGAAAGCAUUCACUUCCUAAGAUUCUUCCUGGUGCAUGAAGGACGGAACAUGUAUCCUGAAGGCCCGGUGAAGUCUGAAAUGAUGUGUGUGGUGCUGUGCACUAACGCUUCCCUCCACCUGGUGACAGCCAGCGGGACCAGUGGACCCACCAGCAAGGUGCUUCUUGAGAGGUCCAUGACGCACCCGGAAGAAGACAUCUGUACAGUGGCCCCGGUCCCAGCUUUGCCUGGCAUGGUGCUCAUCUUUUCCAAGAACCACUCUAUAAGCCUCCUGGAUGUGGCCAAGGCCGAAAUCAUCUGUGCCUUUGCAGCCCCUCUGCACCACCAGCAGGAGAUGCCCUGGAAGCCGUUGUUUGUUACAUCUCCACACCAUCCGUAUUUUCUGCUUCAUGGACCUUGCCCAGAUGGUAACACCACACCUACCGAUGGUGCCAAGGACACCACAGAUUCUGUUUUCUGCUUUAAAUUUGAGGACUAUCCCCUCCUGAAAGACAGCUCCAAAAACUGCACCAUUUCUCAAAAGGACUUGGAAGAUAACCAGGCCUUCUCUCAGGUGCUGCCACUGGAGAAAAGAUGUGAGCAGUUCCUCCAGAAGAGCUUCCAAAAGCUGUCGAGGACCCAGGCGAGAGGGAAUGAGCAGUGGACGCGGCUGCGGAGGUACUCCAUUAUUCUCCAGAAAGAAAACUUAAAGAAGUGACCACACUGGGACUCCAAGGGAGUCUCCACCUCGACAGCCACUCCCCAGUACACCCGGAAGGCAAAAAGACGGCGACAAAGAGCCACACUCAAAGCUUGGUACUUCCAGGAGCCAGUGGGGCCAACGGACUUUGAGGACCUUCGAAUACUGAACGCCUCAUGGAGGGUAAGCUGUAUCACUCAAAUAAACAGUCUGUCAACUGC